CUCUGCACCAGAACCCUAGCAGCCACAGAGCCGCCUCGGCGCCUCCUGUUCUCGAUUCCACAGGAUGGAAAUCUGCAACCACGACCUCGCCGUCAACGCCAUGAACGGCUUCAAGGUAGUGGUGCCCCCUCACCCGCUCAUCAGCCACUGGGUCUCCGUCAUCCGCGAUCAGUCCACGCCCACCCACUCCUUCAGAAGUGCCAUGGGGGAGCUUGGCAGAUUGCUCGCCUAUGAGGCGACCAGAGAUUGGCUGCCAACGGUACCACGGGAGGUCCAGACACCUAUGGGCACAGCUGUUGUAGACUCGGUCGAUCCUAUGGAGCCUAUCAUGAUUGUGCCUAUUCUACGAGCAGGACUUGCCCUGGCUGAGCUUAUGGCAUCAAUUUUUCCGUCAACCGCAACUUUCCACUUAGGUAUGGCUAGGAAUGAGACAACACUACAGCCCUCCGUAUACUUGAACAAGUUGCCUGUUAGUUUCCCAAAAGAAUGCAAUAUUCUCCUUGUUGAUCCUAUGCUUGCAACUGGUGGAACAGUAGUAGCGGCAGUUGAUCUGCUGAAAGAGCGCGGGGCUGAGAUCAGCCAAAUAAGAAUUAUAUGUGCUGUUGCUGCUCCUCCGGCCAUCAAGAAGCUCAAUGAAAGAUUCCCAGGGAUCUGUGUGUAUACAGGAGCUAUGGAUCAAACCGUGAAUGAAAAAGGUUUCAUCGUUCCUGGCCUUGGGGAUGCCGGAGACCGCAGCUAUGGAACUUGACAACGUUCUUUAUUAGGAAGCUUAGACACAUCAAUGAUCUAGUGGAAUUUUUCGAUUUCUUAGUGAUGUAAGCCACAGCUUUUUGUGGUAUACAUGAAAAACUCGAAUUCCAUGUUUUCAGAAAUCAAUAAACAUAGCCAAGGAUAUCCAUCA